AGUAAAGAAAGUCUUGUAGGUCAGAAGUGUGUUGUGAUGUUUUGGCAGUAUCUGCUGGAGGCGGGAUGGGCGGCGGACGGGAAGGUGAUCGGCGUGACUCAGCCGCGGCGAGUGGCUGCCACAUCUGUGGCCGGUCGCGUGGCGGAGGAGCGGGGGGCGUAUCUGGGGCAUGAGGUGGGCUACAGCAUCCGCUUCGAUGACUGCUCUGACCCGCACGCCACACGCAUUAAGUUUCUGACGGACGGGAUGUUGGUCCGGGAGAUGAUGUCUGACCCGCUGUUGAAGAAGUACAGGUAAAGCAGCAGCGGCGCUUCGAAUAUUUGACGAAUUAAAAAAACAAAAAAUCCACAUUCGAAUGCAAAAACGUUAAAUUCGAAUUUUAGGUGUGCGUUAGGCUACCUUAUCAAUGGCACACAAGAUGCGAUGACAAUGUAAGUGUCGUUGCUUUUUAAUGCCUUUUUUUUUAGCCUAUCC